AUGACACCGGAAGACUAUGCUCAAUACAUGCGCACUCAUAAAUUUGAUCCUGAGACACGACCAGAAGACCGGGGCGAUGCAAUACACUCUGCUAUUCUCGAUAAGAGAGUUCAUAUCGCUAUUGAGCUUCUGACAUUGUAUCCGAAAGAUUGUCUUGAGGCGAGAAGUCGCAAGGGCUCAAAGAAAUGGCGAACUCCCUUGCACAGCGCUUGCGAACUUGGCCGUACUGAGAUUGUCAAAAGCCUUCUCGAUAAAGGAGCUGAUGUCAACGCACGAAGCUUUCACCAGCUUACUCCUCUUAUUUUUGCGGCCGAAGCUGAAAACCUUGAGAUUGUAAGACUUCUCAUCAGUCAGGGAGCUGAAGUCAACGCACAGUCAGAUAAAAAGACCAAUACACGUAGCGCGCUUCACGUUGCUGCACAGAUAGAGUCGCCCAGCAUAAUCUUAGCUCUGCUCCUUAAUGGAGCGGAACCAAAGCUUGUGACGAUAGCUGGAAAUACUCCUCUACAUCUCGCCAUUCAAUCUGGCUGUACAUCCGCAGCCGCGCUUCUUCUUUUUCAUGGGGCAUCUCCGACGAUCACCAACGAGAAAGGAGCAUCCCCUCGCAGUCUUGUUGAGGGCUUACGACAAGGUGACCACAAACGUUUUAGCCACAUUUUCGAAUGUGCCAGUGAGAAAGGGGAUUUUGGUAACUUCUUUGAUCGGCAUGUCAAACCUGACAAACCUAUUGAUAUGAUAGCUGCCAUCCAUUGGGCCAUAGCUCACAACCUCGAUCGAGCCAUUGCUUAUCUCCUACACAUCGACUCACACAUAGUGGAGGCAAGAUCGCCUCAGAGAUGGCAUCCACUCCAUCGUGCUGCAAGGGACGGAUACGAGAACUGUGUUCUUGUUCUUCUCGAGCAUGGCGCAAAGGUUGACUGUACUACGAAGUCAGGCUGGACGCCCCUCAUGAUGGCCGCUGAAAAGGGGGACAAGAAGGUGCUUCAUAUUCUACUCGAUCAUGGUGCGAGUCGUGUAGUAAAGAACGACAAUGGUGAUACCGCAUGGAAGGUCGCUAGACACAAUGGACACCGAUUGCCAAUGUUGCUGGCAAUCAAGCAUGUUGCUCCAUCCGAAGUAGACGGCAAAGACAAUGAAACGGACGAAAGCGAUACUUUGAAACCUCCUAAGGACAGACCAUACUGCAGAACACCAUCCCCAGGACCAGGAGACGAUCAAGAAAAAGUUGGUGAGUUGUAUACACUUUACGAUGCAAAAAUAGAUGAAACCUCAGUAUCAUCAUCAGAAAACUCUGAGUAUUUUGAAAACUACCUCAAGACUUUAGAGCGAACAUGGUAUAAUGAAAUCCAAUGGAGCCCUAAAGACGACAUCGAGGACCCCCGUAGGAAUUGGACUGGGCCGGUCAAGAUCGCAAUCCUAGACACUGGAAUUGAUUUAAAUCACCCAGACUUUAAUCAAUGCGCCAAGAGAAGAUCGAAGGUUGCCGCGAAACAACUCCCAGAAAAGACGCAAAAAGAACGAAUUAUGGGAUGCAAGAACUUUACAGACGGCCCUGAAGAUGACGUGACUGAUAAGGUUGGCCAUGGAACUCAUAUCGCUGGCCUUAUUAUGGCUAUCGCUCCGCGAGCGGAACUCUACAUUGCCAAAGUCAGUUCAGCGCAAAAUCCGAGAAGCAAAGAAGAGAGCGAGAGAAUGGUAAAGAAAAGGCAUAGAAAGGAGUCUCAUCCAAUACAAGAUGCACUUAAUUGGGCAAUGGAGAACGAAGUCGAUAUUGUUAACCUGUCACUGGGGUUUGCAGAAGAAAGCUCUUGGCAACUUACUGAGACUCUUGAGAAAGUAGCUAAAAAGAGUAUCAUCUUUGCAGCAGCUGCAAACCAUGGGGAUAGUCAAGCUAUAGCCUGGCCAGCGCAUGAUCAUUCUCUGGCCAUCUGCGUAACAUCAGGCAAUGACAUGGGGAAACCUUCGGAUUUCGCUCCUGGCACAAACCGGGAAUUUCCCAUUUUUGUCGCCCCUGGUGAGAAUAUCCUUAGUCACUGGCCAGGUGGGAGUUUCCGCAAGAUGAGCGGUACAUCAGUCGCAACGCCGAUCGCUGUAGGUAUGGCGGCCAUGAUACUAGCCUUCUUGAACAAGACGAACGUCUGGAAGCAAGAAGAGAAGGAGGAUUGGAUUAGUCGGACGAAGGAAAGGCGGAUAAGGAGUACUACGGGAAUGAGAAGAGUCUUGGAACAGAUGUGUCGAGAUCGCAACGGUCUUAAGCUUCUGUCGCCACGUCUUAUGUGGGAGAGGCCCGUUGGUAAGAUUCCCCUUGCGGAGCAGAUCCUUUAUGAUUUGGCAGGGUGGGAAAGUCGUGGAUUGGCAGGUUGA